AUGGCCCAAACGAACGGCCCAGAUAUCGAAAACAAACCCGCAGAGGGCAUCUCCUACUUCACCCCCGCUCAAGUCCCUCCUGCGGGGUCUGCCGCAAUCCCGCAAUCCGACGGGUCGCAGCCCCCAAAGCUCUUCCAGCCAUUUAAAGUGCGGGGAGUGACGUUCCACAACCGCAUCGGACUUUCUCCGCUCUGCCAAUACAGCGCCGACGAUGGACACAUGACCGACUGGCACAUGGCCCAUUUGGGCGGCAUUGCCCAGCGUGGGCCUGGUUUCCUGAUGGUCGAGGCGACUGCAGUGCAACCCGAGGGUCGCAUUACACCCCAGGACCACGGGCUCUGGAAAGACUCGCAGAUCGAGCCCCUCCGCCGGGUGGUCGAGUUCGUGCACAGCCAGAACCAGGUUAUUGGUGUCCAGCUGGCACAUGCAGGCCGCAAAGCGAGCACCGUGGCGCCCUGGCUGAGCAUGGGCGAUACGGCGACUGAGCGGGUCGGUGGAUGGCCGGACAAUGUCAAGGGACCCUCGAAUAUUCCAUUCAGUGACAAAUUUCCCACCCCAAAAGCUAUGACGACGGCCGAUAUCGAGGCGUUCAAGAAAGCCUGGGUGUCCGCUCUGAAGCGCGCUCUCAAGGCAGGCGUGGACUUUGUGGAGAUUCACAAUGCCCACGGCUACCUGCUUAUGAGCUUCCUGUCCCCUGCGACGAACAAGCGCACCGACGAGUACGGCGGCAGCUUCGAGAACCGCAUCCGCUUGUCUCUGGAAAUCGCCCAGUUGACUCGUGAGAACGUGCCCAAGGAUAUGCCCGUAUUCUUGCGCGUCUCAGCCACUGACUGGCUCGAGGAAGUCAUGCCUGACGAGCCCAGCUGGCGGGUUGAAGAUACAGUCCGUUUCGCAAAGGCCCUCGCCGAGAGCGGCAACGUCGAUGUGCUGGACAUCAGUAGCGGAGGCAACCACCAGAAGCAGCAUAUUCACGCGAAGGCAGGAUUCCAGGCGCAGUUCGCCAUCGAGGUCAAGAAGGCGGUUGGAGAUCAGCUGAUGGUUGGCUCGGUUGGCAUGAUCAACGAUGGCCACUUGGCCAACUGUCUCUUGGAGAACAGUAAUUUGGACUUUGUCCUUGUCGGUCGCGGGUUCCAGAAGAACCCGGGCCUUGUGUGGACUUGGGCAGAGGAGCUCGAUGUGGAAAUUUCCAUGGCGAACCAGAUUCGCUGGGGCUUCAGCAGCCGGGGUGGUGGUGUUUACCUGAAGAAGAGGCAGGACAAGAUGUAA